AUGCUUAAGUCCUUCCCUAACACAUACAUAAACAGAGAAGAGUCCCAGGAUUGUACCUUUGACUCCACAUCGACUUCUUCAAUGUUUGCUUCAAUUUCACCCUCAACAAUCUUGGGUGCUAUAAAUUCUAUUGCAGUUCCAUUAGAGGAGAUUUUGUUGCCACUAAUGAUGUCUACCCAGAGUUUUUUACCCGAUUGUUUCUCCUUCGUAGAAUUUAUCAACGAUUCAUCAGGAUUUCUUCUGUUCGGUUUGGGGUUUUCAAAUCACAACACUUGA